AUGCCCUCGCUGUAUCAUUCCACACUGGAAAGUCGUCAAAAAAUUGGCAACAUUUCCAAGCUUACCUUUCGAACCAAAUUCAAUGGUCCAAUUCGAACAGUAGAAGAUGAGCACCUACGCAAAGAAGAUCCAGUGGGAGCAGACAUCAUCGAUGAGGCGUUGUACUUUUUCAAAUCUAACAUUUUCUUCUCUAGCUAUGAAAUUAAAAGCGAGGCAGAUCGAAAUAUAAUCUACUUGACGUUGUACAUUAUCGAGUGUCUCAAAGUGAUUGGCAAUGCCUCUAGUCGAAAUGCCGCAACGCAGGAGCUGUUUCAGCUUGGCCUCUCUAAGUUUGCCAUUCCCGGAGACUCGGCAUUUCCGCUAAACAACCUGUACUCAAAACCAGCCAGCAGCAAAGAGGCCGAUGAGAUGCGAAGCUACUUGACACAGCUCAGACAAGAGUGCGGUCUGCGUGUUCUGGAGCAAGCCUGGCCAACUGGCGACAAGACACCCUCAAAGUGGUGGUGCUGCUUUGCAAAACGAAAGUUCCUCAACAUUAGCCUGGCAGAACGAUAA